CUUCGUUGGACGCGCUGCGAAUAGAUGCCAGGUAGUCUCUUUUGCGCUUCAUUUUCCCUCUUUUCGUUGGCUUUUGUCCGUGGUCUGUGUGCAGCUUCUUUUCCUCUAUUCUUUUUGCCAACGCCUUGGAAGCCUGUUUCUUUCAAGCCUCUUCAUUCCUCUUUUUCCUUAUUUUUUGUUGGCACCGGCCAUUUGGCGGCGCUGGUCGCAAGGCGCAUCUCUAGUGCAAAGUGUCCUCUGCAAGUCGCGGCUAUAUCAACGGCUGAAAGCUGGCGACUCUCGUCUUGUGGAACUCUUCGAUUCUCGUCUCUCAGUGUCUGGUUCUGCCUCCAUCUGCCGCGCUGAUCUGGACUGAAACAUUCCCUCCUCGCCAAUUCCACAAUGCGAUUCUCCGUGCCGCUGGCUGCCCUCUUGGGUGCCGGCCUUACUGAGGCCCAGUACCUCAUCAGCGAGCUGAGUUUUGGAUAUGCAGGGCGAAUAAGCCCCGCAGACAACCCUGGCGUCAUCCCCAACUUUGUCGUCUCUGGCCAGCCGAACAAACCCGAGAUCCUCUCCAGCAAGGUCAUCCUCACCCCCGUUGCGCCAGGCAAUGCGCGCGGUGCGAUAUGGAGCGAGCAGCCCUUGAAACACUCGAAUUUCAUUGUCGAUGUCGACUUUCGUGCUAGUGGCCCCGAUCGAGCUGGAGGCAACUUCAAUAUCUGGCUGGCAAACCAUGGCAAAGACAUUGGCGCCAAGAGCGUCUACAGCGCCGGCAGGUUUGAGGGACUGGUGCUGGUGGUUGAUUCGCAUGGCGGCCAAGGCGGAAUGCUCCGUGGCUUCCUCAACGAUGGAUCUGUGGACUACUCGCAGCACCACAGCGUGGAUCAGCUGGCCUUUGGCCACUGCCAGUAUAGCUACCGCAACUUGGGCCGUCCAUCGCAGAUCAAGAUGCGCCAGACGUCAACCGGCUUCCGUGUUCAGAUUGAUGGCAAAACUUGCUUUGAGACUGACCGGGUCAGCUUGCCCACGGGAUACGAUGUCGGUGUGACAGCCUCCACUCCGGACAACCCCGACUCUUUUGAGAUUUUCAAGAUGGUGGUCAUGUCGGAUACCUCUAGCCACGACACCAAUUCUAACAACGGUGAUAACAACUAUAACAACAACAAUAACAACAACGAUAAUAACAACAACAAUGAUAACAAUGACCGCAGCAACUUUGCUUACCAGAAGAAGUCUACCAGUGGCGAUGAGUCCUUUGUGGAAGUGGCUGACCAAGAGGCCGACGUCUUCCAGACCUCCAAGGCACAGUUUCAGGACCUGCACAACCGUCUCCAGGGCACCAACCAUCAGCUCUCAUCGGUCUACCGCUCCGUCUCCCGUCAUCACCAGAUGGAUGAGCAGCGCCACAAUGAGAUCAAGGAUCUGCUUGCCACUCUGCAGAGCAAGGUCGAGCUGCUUGAUGAGCUCUCUUCUUUCAGGCAACGCAUUAUUUCGCUGGAGAACGAGGUGCGCAACAUGAACAAUGAGUUACACAAGAAGCUCCAGGACAACGAGCGAUCGGUACAGGGCGCCCUGAGGGUCCACCACAACUCUUUGACACAGAGAGUCGCGGAGAGCGUUCCUGGACAUGGAAAGCUGAUUGCUGUGAUUAUCGGAACGCAGGUUGUUUUGGUGGUGGGCUAUGUGCUGUACAAGCGACGAAGAGCGAAUUCGCCAAAGAAGUACUUGUGAGUUGGCACUGGCUGACUACUGGACCUGAUGACGAUGAUGCGCUUAACGUUUUUGACGUGAGAUUACGAGUGCGAUGUGAAGAGGGGCUAUUAUACGGCGGCUCUUUGUAUAAACAAAAGGCGUAUUUACAAUUGUUUUUUUCCGUAGAUAUCUAAGUUAUAUAGCAUGCAUGAGUUGGAUCAAAUAAACACACCAUUUACAGUUC